UUAAUCACUUUUGGGACAAAGUUCAGUGACCGGUUUCAUGGAAUCCUUAAAUUCAGGGGUUCUCCAGCUGGGGGCCAUGACCUGGUACUGGGGGGUCAUGCCCUCCCUGCUUUUCUCAUGUUGUUAAAUGAGAGGGGGGUCCCAGCUAGGCCCUGGCUAGAGAAGUGCAGUUAUGGAAAAGGUCAAUGAUAACAAAUCUAUCCACCCUAUUUACUCUAGGAUAUCCAAUGUCACAGUAUUUGGGCACCAUUCUUUUUUUCUGGCACCACUGGGCCAAGGAAGGAGCAACAGGCUACAGCUGGCAAAAGAGAAACUUAAGUGUCUGGGUGGAGGGGACACUCUGAAUGAAGCAGUUUGCUUAGCAAGUGGAGACUCUUCAUUGAGUCCACUAGAAUUCCUCCAGAUUAACAUGAGUGUGAAAGGAGAAUCAGACCCAUGGAAGAUUAAGAGAUACAGAAGGCUGCAGAAAAGGAUCCACAAAAGGAGAUCACAGCUGGAAACAUCUGGAGAGCAGAACACUACCACAGGAGCCCUGAAAGAGACAGCAGAGCUGGAGAGCAGGCACAAGUAUAGGAUCCAAGAGAUUAGGAUCGCUCCCAAGAAGGAUCCAGCACUGCUGGAACCCAAUGAGACAAUGGCUUCUGCAAACAACUACCAGAUGGCAGAGGAUGAAAGAGGAUCCAAAAAGGAUCCAAAAGAGAGCACAGAUGGGAAUAUCUGGAUAGCAGGCGCACACCAGCAAGGACUCCAGGCAGUUUUGUUUGCAACACUUUCCGUUUAUUAGACACAGACUUUCCAAGUGGGGCUGGAGGUAGCG